GCCAAUGUUCUUCUACGAAGGUGUCAGGACCUUGUCAGAAAGUGAAAUAAACAUUGGGAAACGGCGAGAUGCAAAAAGCGACCUAUUGCGACGGCUCGACAAUUUACAGUGGCUUCCACUAUCAAAGCACAAACGGUUUAGGUUAUGAUGCCAAUCAGGAGCAAUAUCUCCAGGCCCUUCAUGUGGAAAGUGAGUACCAUCGACCGGCCUGCUCCCUGCAGUCCCCUGGUGGUUCUGCAGCUCUGCACGAACCCAAUGAAAUCUCAGAGGGCUGCCAACGGAGUAAAGGGACACAAGCCCCAGUACCAGAUCUCCCCGACAACAACCAGCCCCCUACUGACCCUUCCGGACCAUCUUCCCCCAGUGCCCUGAACCAAAUUCUGAGCAAUGAUACCACCGCCAAGAGCCCAGGGCACGCAUCUCCAACGCCAACCACAAGGAAACACAUUUUUCCAUGGAUGAAGGAUUCCCGUCAGAACACAAAGCAGAAAUCUUGUAGUACCAUUUCAGUAGAGAGCUGCGCUGGAGACAAGAGUCCCCCCGGUUCUGCUGCCUCCAAGCGCGCUCGUACUGCAUACACUUCUGCUCAACUCGUAGAACUGGAGAAAGAAUUCCACUUCAACCGUUACCUCUGCCGCCCGCGACGAGUGGAAAUGGCUAAUCUGCUCAAUUUGACGGAAAGGCAGAUUAAAAUAUGGUUCCAGAAUCGCAGGAUGAAGUACAAAAAGGACCAGAAGGGGCUAGGAAUGAUGCCCUCUCCUGGAGCUCAGUCUCCUCACAGUCCCGUAGCUCUGUCAUCCGGUGGCGGAGGAGGGGGUGGGAGUGCAUAUUUAAGUUCAAUGCAUUCUCUGGUUAACAGCGUGCCCUACGAUUCACCCUCUCCAGCAUCCUAUAACAAACUCCAGCCUAAUGCAUGCAACCUUCCUACGUCAUACCCACCUUCUCUGAAUAACUGCCCGCCUCCUCAGAAGCGGUAUCCAGGGACUGGCACAGCCACGCCGGAUUACGACACGCAUCAUCUUCAAGGCAACAACAAUUACGGGACACAAGUGCAGGGUAGCCCGGUUUAUGUCAGUGGUGGUGGAGGCUACUCGGAUUCUUUGGUGGGGAUGGGGGCCUCGGUAUUUGGCCUGACACAUCUACCGCACCCACCUCAAGGCAAUAUAGACUACAACGGCGCUAUCACCAUGGGAAACAGCCAUCAGCAAGGAACGUGCCAACCAAACCCAUGCACAUUCACAGAACUUACACCGCACUAUUCUCAGGGAAGAAUUCAGGUAGCACCCAAACUGACGCAUCUAUAGUGCCGAUGCCAUGUAUUUCUCUCCCAGUCCACGGCACACAUUUGCGCUCCGUCUGACUGCAUUUUGGUUCAUAUAGUUUUCCUGACAUAGCCUCAGGUGAAACAACCUUGUUGUUAGUUUUACUUAAUACAUAAAAAGGAAAUUAAAGUUCCUCAAAGCUCAAAUGUCAUGGCAUCAUGGGAAUAUGUAGGCCUAUUUAUAUUGUUGAAGGAAAUCUGAAACAGGGUAUGGGAACACAUAUUAGAACACAGUUUUAUGAUUUUUUUUUAACGUGAAUUUUAAAGUCUUCAAAAUUCCUCUCAGUCCACGAUUUAAUUUCUGUUUUGCAUUUUGCACUUGAGGAAGGAUGCAUAUGAACACGAUUUCUUAUUCAACAGUCUUAUACAGCGUGAGCUCGUAUUUUUUAGGUCUUUCAAAUGUAUUUAUUUGUUUCCAUGGACAGUAAAUUGUGUUAGCCCAAAUCCUUAAGAUAAUGGGUAAAAGGAAAUCAGAUCCUGCGACUCUCCCAUGUCAGUGCUGAAACAAGUGCUAACAGGCAGAUUAUCAAAGGUUGAUGUGUUCAAAUAUUAAUCAAUGUGUGCGAAUGUUAAUCAUGUGUUGCUUAGAGUCGAAAGAGACAGCGAUCAGAUACUCAUACUUUUUAUUUGUUCGAACUUUUUUUUUAAUGUCAUACAUUCCAUGCUGCUCCACUUCUGAAGAAAUAAAAGACACUAAUUGA